ACUGGAUACGUUAUCCAGUCGUAAGUCACCUACCUUCCCUCCUUGCCAUACAAAAUAUUUAGCAUUUAUUUUUUUUAUCACCAAAAAAUAAGCAAAAAUCUUGACCGGAAGUCAACCACGUAAUAUCGCACAUCUGACCGGAAUUAAAAUAUAACAUUUUGAGGAGAAAGGUUGGGAGUAACCAUCUUAGUUGAACGAAGUGUAAUAUUAAAUUGUAAUAAUUUAUAAACUUACAAUUAUUUUAUUGAUUGAUUUCAUUUAAGUAUCUCAUAAGCUGGUUUAAUCCCCAUUAAUCAUGGCUUAUAACUACAACUACAACAGACAUAAUUCCAUAGGGGGUAAUUGGCAUUUGCCUCCUCCGCAGGGAUUUAGUGGUUCCACUUCCAAUACCAAUACUCACGAUCAGCAAAAUCAGGAGUUCUUACAACAAAAGCAACAACAAAUGCAAGGGUUUAGAAAUCCAUGGUAUAAUCAUAAUCAACAAUCCCCCGGUGGUUCUAAUACCGCUUCCAUCUCCCAAUCCCCUACCAAAGGUAUACCUCUCUUACAACAACAACAAGCAUCAAAGAGAAUGUCCUUUGCUAAUAAUUUACCAACCACUUAUGAAUAUGAUGAUCAAAGACAUAAUGCCCCUCCUUACAUCCAUCCUCCCACUAGAGCUGAUAAUCCUUUUAAUCAAUACUUUACUAAUCAAGAAGUAUCAUUAGGUAAUGAUAGAAGGAUGUCUGCUGCUGCAGCUCCCACUGUCAAUAAUGGUUAUUAUAAUUCAUUUGUUCCUCAAGGUGGAGAUAAUUAUCAAGCUCAAUAUUUACAAAACUCACCCAAUUUAAAUCGGAGAUCAUCAGUCGGAGUUUCAAAUUAUCAACAAAUGCCCCAUUAUGCCAUUCCUCCUGGUAGAGUUAAGAGAUCACCUCUGAUUGUUGAAUAUCAACAAUAUCAACGAGCUGUACAAAGUCAAAGAGUAUCAAUCAAAAGAAGACCUGCUCCAAAGGCCAUGAAAGUUUAUAGUAAGUUUGAUCUAAGACCAAAAGUACAUCAACAACCCAAAUACAGACGAUGUUCUGUUAAUUCCAUUCAUAUUUCUCCAGUAAAUGCAUUAUCAGUAUAUUUAACUGAAUCAUAUACAAUUUGUCAACCACGAAAGUUUCAAUAUUCCAAAUCCACUAAUCCAAGAAGAGUAUUGACUAAACCACUGGAACCAAAGUUCAAUAAUGGUUAUGAUAAUGAAGAUAGUGAUUAUAUUCUUUUUGUGAAUGAUAUCUUAGGAACUGAAGAAGGUAGAAAAUAUAUUGUGCUUGAUUUGUUAGGAUCAGGAACGUUUGGUCAAGUGGUUAAAUGUCAAAACUUGACAAAUCAAAGUGUAUGUGCUGUUAAAGUGAUCAAAUCUAAACCAGCUUAUAUGAAUCAAUCCUUAACGGAAGUAAGAUUACUUGAAUUUUUAAAUGCUAAUAGUGAUGGAAAGAAUUUUAUAAGGUUAUUAGACACUUUUAUGCAUAAAGAACAUUUAUGUUUAGUAUUUGAAUUAUUAGCUUCUAAUUUAUAUGAAUUGAUAAAACAAAAUCAAUUCCAAGGUUUAAAUAUGAAACUUGUUAAACUUCUCACCAGACAAUUACUUGAAGCCAUGGCUCAAUUGAAAGGGUUUCAAAUGAUACAUUGUGAUCUAAAACCGGAGAACAUUCUACUAUGUCAACCUGAUAAACCAGAUAUAAAAGUGAUUGAUUUUGGAUCAGCAUGUUUUACUAGACAAACUAUUUAUACAUACAUACAAUCAAGAUUUUACAGAUCUCCUGAAGUGAUAUUAGGGUUACCCUAUACUGAAUCAAUUGAUAUGUGGUCAUUAGGAUGUAUAGUGGGAGAACUUUUCCUUGGACUUCCUAUGUUUCCUGGAACUUCUGAAUAUAAUCAAAUAUGGAAAAUCGUUGAUAUGUUAGGACUUCCACCCAAACAUAUGAUUGAAGUGGGUCGAAAUUCGAUGAAUUUCUUUAAGAAGGUUCCACCAGUUGAAGCAGAUGGUAAGACUACAUAUGUAACGAAAACAUUUGAUGAAUAUGUUGAAUUUUUAGAAUCAUCUAAAUCGAAAGACGAUACUAAAAAGAAAGAACAAGCCAAUAAGAAUUACUUUAAACAACGCCUUUUGAAAGACAUCGUAUUAAAUUAUAAACUUCCAUCAAAGAAAAUGACUAAUUCAAUGAUUGAAAAAGAAUGUCAAGAACGUUUAUUAUUAAUCGAUUUCUUAACCAAAGUAUUGAAUUUGAAUCCAUUGGAAAGAUUAACCCCUCAGGAGGGUUUAAAACAUCCUUUUGUAAAUGACGUACGUACCGAUGCUAUGGGGUCAGGAGGAAUACCGACUAAUGACGGUUCUAAACAAGUCUAACUUUAACGAAAUAUAUGUAAACCACCUAUAAUGUUUUAUAAUCUGUAGAAGUUGUAGAUAGUUUAGAGGUCGUGUGUGGAUUACAAAAUUCUGGUGAAAAAAAAAAAAAAACUGAAAACGACAGGAAAAAUUGAAAGAAUAUCUAAGAGCCAGUGAU